CGCCCCAUUUCAAUCGGGUCCAUUAGUGACUUCGUGAAAAUGAAUGGUCACAUCUCCUACGAGUACGCUGGUUAUCUUAGAACAGAAAAGUAUGAUAAAGAACCACCCAGAAGAAAGGAACUCAUUGUGAAUUGUGAGAAACCAUUUAACGCAGAGACAAGACCUGAUCUACUCCCUAGAAGCUUCUAUGUACCAAACGAUCUUUUCUUUGUAAGGAAUCAUGCACCUGUACCCGUCUUGAGGAGUGAAGAAGAAUUCAGGCUUCGUGUGGAAGGUAUUGUAGCAUAUCCACUGCUCCUAUCUCUUCAGGAUCUCAAGACAAAGUUCCGGAAACACACCGUCACCGCUGUUUUGCAAUGUGCAGGAAACAGACGUACUGAAAUGAGUCGUAUUAAACCUAUUCAGGGAGUUCCUUGGCUGCAUGGUGCAGCAGGUAACGCAGUUUGGUCUGGAGCGUUACUCAAAGACGUUUUGAUGGCAGCUGGUGUAUAUCCAAAUAAAGCUGAACAUGUUGAGUUCGAAGGUGCAGAUUUGCCUCCUGAAGAAGAAAAUCGGAGCGGUUACUUGGCUUCCAUUCCACUAAAGAAGGCACUUGAUGAAGACCAGGAGGUUCUUCUGGCAUACGAAAUGAAUGGAGAGAUUUUGUCUAGAGAUCAUGGGUAUCCUUUGCGAGUCAUUGUUCCUGGGUUUGUUGGUGCUCGCAGUGUGAAGUGGCUUAGCCGAAUUAUCUGUAAGAUGGAUUCUUCAGAGGGCUUCUUUAUGACCAAGGACUAUAAGUAUCUUCCGUCAAGUAUGGACUUUGGGAAUGUUGAUUGGAGUUCAACUCCUCCUAUCAUGAAUUUGUCUGUUCAGUGUGCGAUAUGUGAUCCGUUACCAGAUACAAAAUUAUCUCAAGGGCCUUAUAAAGUUCGAGGAUAUGCACUAACUGGAAAAGGAGACCAUAUCAUGAGAGUUGAGCUAUCUGUGAAUGGUUCAAAAGACUGGCAAGAGGCGAAAUUGAUCAAAGGUGAAAAAAUUGCAAAUAGAGAAAUUCCCAAAAGGAUAACUGCCGGAUUGAAGGACUGGUCUUGGGUUUUAUGGGAACUGGUCGUUGAUAUAAAGCCACCGAUGGUUAUUAUGGCUCGAGCAAUAGAUUCGGCCUGUAAUACCCAGCCGGAGGUUCCAUUAUGGAACUUGCGUGGAGUUAUGAAUAACUCAUGGCACAAAGUUAAUAUUUUGCCAUUAACUUCUGCUCUAUAACAAAAGCAAUAUAUGUCUUGAAAAUUAAAGCUUCAUUUGACAUU